AUAGGAACACGGCUCAAUUUAGCUUCUUCGACGAGCCUUCCACGAGUGUUCGACGGGUCCGCUUCCCCCGCGACAUGCUGAUGAUGUGAUAUGGGAUGAGGAGCCCGCGUCGCACCAACAGGACCCUACCUUUUCCCAUCGCCUGCCCCGUUCAUUUAUUCGUUCAAUCCGAGACACGCUCUCUUAUCUGCGCCAUCCGUCCUUGCCUCUCAUUAGUGACGUUCCUGCAUCCGUUCCGUCUGUCUCCCUCCUUCAACACUGCCGGGCCAGACAGACCUUCGCCGCUUGCGAGGAAUGUUCUGCUCCACGCCCGACUUUGCGCUCGCUUCAAAAGCCCUUUGAGUUUCUUUUCCACAGUUCUGCCACCAUGGACGAUAGCCUAGAGUUCCCAGAGGAGUCUCUGCGCCAGGUGGAGGCGCUGCUGAGCAGACAUCCUCCACAGGUCAUCCAGAGGAUGUUUCAGCAGGUGCUGGAGAACAGUAGGACCAUCCCUUCGGGAACUGCUCGAUUGCAACUCACCACUAUAGGGCGCAAUUCCGUUGCUUCUUCGUAUACCUCUUCGAAUUCUUCGUUACGAUCUCGCCUGUCCAUCGCUUCCACUUUCUCAACCUCCACCACCUUUUCCACCUCCACCGGCUUCUCCACUUCGACCGGCAACAGUGAUUUCGCACCGUCCAUUGCGUCUUCGUCUUCGUCUUCGUCGCGCUCGAGAAUGCGGCGCCCUGAGCCCCGUUCGCAUCCGUCCGCUCUAGACCCAGCGAGGUCAAAAGCCCCUCUCCUCACGCCUUCCUCUGAGACAAGCAGUCCAUUGGACGUCAAGCUGGAGCACAUGUUUACGCCCACCGAGGAGGACGCCAAGAGCAUGGCCUCGCCAAUGACGUUUCCGAGCGAGAAGGGUCAAGGCCAAUCCGGAGAAUCCUUCAUGUUCUGCACCUACUGCGCCGAAUUGAACAUUCUCAAGACCUUCAAAGCCAAAUCAGACUGGAAAAAGCACGAGAUGAGGAUGCAUGAGACGGGCGAGGACUGGCCGUGUCCGGUGAUUGGGUGCGACCGCGUGCAUGAUCGGCAGAAGGACUUCAUCAAGCAUCAUUCGCGCUAUCAUUCCGGGCGGCCGCUCCCCUCGGUCACGGACAUUGGUAUCCGACUGCUUCCACGCAGAGUCUUUGGCUGCGGUUUUGACCGAUGCAAAGACGUAAGCAUUGGCUGGGACGAGCGGUGCGACCACGUCGCCAAACACAUGAAGAACGGCGCAACCUUUGAGCAAUGGAAAUACUCCAACGUCAUCCGUAACCUGAUAAGGCAGGAAGCCUUGCAUGACACAUGGAAGGACCUGUUUGCGAACCUUGACGAGAGGUUGAGGGAAAGCCGAUCCCAGAUCACCUGGUCCCCUCACAACACCAGGGUGCUCCGUCAAAAGCUCCAGUGUUGCGACCUUAGACCUAGCCGCGAGGAAGUGCUCAUUACGGCCUUGAGCCUGCGCUCGGAUAUACAACUCGACAAAUCCCAAAUCCAGAUACCGCCCGGCUUCGUCACGCCUAGCAGAGACUCUGUUCGCAACGUGGAUCAAUUGUCACGAGAACAACGCAUGCACAUCCUCAUAGGGAAUCCGAAUUACCAGGUGUCCCGUUCGCGCCUUGCUGCGCUAAAUGCUGCUCUCCUGCAAAGGAGUUCGGGAAACCCGAAUUUCGAGCACUACGAUGAGUCUCCCGUGGUGGAUGAACCGGAACGGCCCAUCAGUUACAUGGACCUCGAUACCGCCGACUUCGCCGGUCUGCCUGAUCAAGCUAUGCCGGCCCCUCCCCCAAACUUCGAACAACCACCGCAAUUGGAACCAGAACAGCAGCAGUCUAAUGCCGGUUUUGUAGAACAGGAGAAGCCGCCGACAACAAACCCGCUCGGAUGGUGCUAUCCCAACUAUUUCGAUGCCGCACCCACGUUCGAGGAAUCAGACUACUGCGACCGGCCGUCGUUGACUUCGUUGGGUCAGAUGAUAUCAAAGCCUUUGCACAAGAUCGGCAGCAAAUUGAGCUCCAGGAACGGCUCUCCGCAUUCGCGGCCUUCCUCACAGGUGGGCCAGCAUGACCUUGGUCCGGAGUAUAUACCAGUUCCAGGACCUCCCCAGCAGUACGUUCCGCAACCGGCGCUUCCGCCCCAACAUUCUCUUCCGCAUCAACAAACUCCAUCGCAUAUUCAAUCCCAUCAGCACAUGCAGCAUCCUGCCCUUCGACAGCAUUAUCGCGGCCCGGAUGCACACGCACACCUGCAGCUUUUUCAUGCACAGAAUUGAGCCAUGCCGAGUUCACAUGCUUUUCCUGUAUUUGGUUUCAUGACGCGUUCACGAUACCCCGGUGCAUACUGCGCACAUUUCCUGUUAGACCUGUAUCAUAUGUAUCUGCUUUCAUUGCGACGCAUCAUAGAUGAACCACGCUCGACCCGUCGGUUGAGCUAACUUUGGCAUCGCCUUCU